UUAUACAUAAAAGAAAAAACAUACACACAAGAAUAAUUGCUUCGUAUUUGGAUGUAUAUAUUAGAAAGAAGCAAACCAAUCUCUUCUCCUCAAAACUAUUCCUACUCUCACACUCCAAAAUACCAAAAACAAAACAUUUUUUUUAAUCUUCCCACCAAUUUUUUUCUCUUUCUCUCGUUACAUUAAAUUAUCUUUAGAUGCAAGACUCUUCCUCUCACGAAUCGCAACGUAACCUCCGGUCACCGGUGCCGGAGAAAACCGGAAAGAGUUCUAAGACUAAAAAUGAGCAAAAAGGUGUUUCUAAACAACCAAAUUUUCGUGGGGUCAGAAUGAGACAAUGGGGAAAAUGGGUGUCUGAAAUUAGAGAACCAAGAAAGAAAUCAAGAAUAUGGCUCGGUACUUUCUCUACGCCGGAGAUGGCGGCGCGUGCACACGACGUGGCGGCUUUAGCCAUCAAAGGUGGCUCUGCCCACCUUAAUUUCCCGGAGCUAGCUUACCAUUUGCCGAGACCGGCUAGCGCGGACCCUAAAGACAUUCAAGAAGCCGCCGCCGCAGCAGCUGCCGUUGACUGGAAAGCACCGGAGUCUCCGUCUAGCACCGUGACGUCAUCUCCAGUCGCCGACGACGCUUUCUCCGAUCUUCCUGAUCUUUUGCUUGACGUGAAUGAUCACAACAAAAACGAUGGAUUCUGGGACUCGUUUCCGUACGAAGAUCCUUUCUUCUUGGAAAAUUACUAGAAGGCAAAUUCUUGCCGGCGAACGGAUUUUCCGGUGGUUUCCCGGUAAAUAAGAAGACGAUGUCGUUUUGUACCUUUUUUGUCUACGAUGGGAAAUUUCUUUUUUUUUUACGUGUGAGUAAAAGUUUCCGAAUGUGUGAUGUGUAAGUAAGUACAGGUUAUUUAAUUUCUUUUUUUUGUACAAAUACGUACGUCAUUACCAAAAAGUUUUCAUUUAUUGUGCUUUUAUCUUCCAAAUUCAUUAAGUGUGUGUCUUGACCCUUUAUUUUCACAUCUUUGAGUUCUGACAAAGACUCUAACUUUACUCCCAUAGAGCCGGCAAAGAAUAUAUACAUUUAGGGUUUCUUCGAAAUCUUUUUUUUUUUUGUAAACAUCUUCGACAUGUAAAUGUAAAGAUCAGUAUUUUCAUGGUUAACAUAGAUGACUUAUGACUUGUAUAGUUAUUCGUUAUGUAACCCAUCUCAAAAUCAG